UGGAGGAACAACGUCGAGGAGAGAAGCGUCCGUCGUCUCUUCUUUUAUUUGGUUUUAACAAAUCCACUUGGUACAAGAAACAAGAUGAAAGUGGUUAUUUUGCUGCUCGUCUUUUGUCCUUUAGCAUCUUCAGUGAUCCACUCCCUGAAGUACUUCCUCACUGCAUCCUCCCACGUGCAAAACUUCCCAGAGUUUGUGGUUGUUGGGAUGGUUGAUGGUCUUCAGAUGGUUCAUUAUGACAGCAACACUCAGAGAGCAGUACCCAAACAAGACUGGAUGGACCAGGUCACAACAGGUGACCCACAGUACUGGGAGACGGAGACUGGAAAUAUGAUGAGUCACCAGCAGGGCUUCAAAACCAACAUUGAGAUUGUGAAGCAGCGCUUCAAUCAAACUGGAGGCGUCCACAUGGUUCAGUUCAUGAGUGGCUGUGAGUGGGACGAUGAGACUGGAGACAUUAAUGGAUAUCAUCAGCAUGGUUAUGAUGGAGAAGACUUCAUCGCUCUGGACCUGAAGACAGAGACAUGGGUCGCUCCGACAUCACAGGCUCUCAUCACCAAACUGAGAUGGGAUCUAGACAAAGCUGACUUAGCUUACAGGAAGAACUACUACACCCAUGUGUGUGUUGACUGGCUGAAGAAGUAUCUGCAGUAUGGGAGCAACAGUCUCCAGAGGACAGUCCCUCCCUCAGUGUCUCUGCUCCAGAGGUCUCCCUCCUCUCCAGUCACCUGCCAUGCUACAGGUUUCUACCCUGACAGAAUCGUGAUGUUCUGGAGGAGAGAGGAAGAGGAGGUCCAUGAGGAGGAGAAGCAUGGUGAGCUCCUCCCCAACCACGAUGGAACCUUCCAGAGGAGCGUUCAACUCCUCGUUGACCUUUCAUCAAUGAAGUCUGAGGAGUGGCAGAAGUACCACUGUGUGGUUCAGCUUUCUGGGAUGAAGGAUGACAUCAUCAUCAAACUGGACCCAUCACAGAUCAAGACCAACUGGAAAGAUCCUGCCGCGAACAUGCCCAUCAUCAUUGGAGUGCUUGUUGCUGUCAUCAUCAUCAUGGCAGCCAUUGGCGUGGCUUGGUACAUGAAGAAGAAAGCCAAGCGCCCUCCACCUUCUCCUGACAGCAGCUCUGAUCUCUCUCAGCAGCUGAACCCCGAUGCUUCACACUGAACUAAGUCUGUGGACACGUUGGGGAAUCAAGCAGACUUCAGUGCAUAACUCGGGAACGUGUCAGUUAAAAAUCAUUCAUUAAUCAUAACGGGUUUAAGCGGUGUGGGGAGUUACACAUGACAUGUUGAAGGACAAAAGUCAACAAUCCAUCACAGUUGAAAACCAAUCACCUGCAGUAAAUUCUGUGUACAGACUACUUUUCCUAAUCCCCUCCACAGAUCAGCUGAUUCCAUUGCAAACGACAGAUUAAAAUAGAACACGAGUAGAGAACUGAUGGAGUAUGAAUACUCUCUACUUAGAGGAGGGGCGCACUGUUUGUUUCCAAACGAGUUCAUAAAAGCUUUGUCAACACAACGAAACCCUCCGACACCACAAGCAACAUACAGAACUGUCCUCUUCACAGUGAGAUAUUCCCCCUUUCAUUUCAUUCUUCAUGCCACCUCUCUGAUGGCUUGUUUGCAGACGACGGUUCAGAAACAUUACAUCCCAUCUUUUUUUCUACAUUUUCUU